UUCCAAAUUUUUAAACUCACAUAUCUUGUUAUCCUAUGCCUUAAAUUAUAUAAUUUUAUCAUUAACCAACAUGUUAACUAUAUUUUCUCACAAAAUAGGCUUGACACAAUUUUUAUCCCAUAUACUAAGUAUAAUAGAAAUAGGUGAUUUGAAUAAAGAUGAGAUUUUUAACCAAAUCAAUGUUUACCAUCUUAAUACAAAAAACAAUAACACACAAUAUUUACAAAAGAACCUUUUACCAUAUAAUACAGAAGUCAAUGAAAUUUAUAGCAAUAUUGAAGUUUUUAUAUCACAUAUAAUUAAAUUAUGCAAAGAUGGUGAUUUACUCAAUUUUUUACCAAAGCCUAUCAUAUAUAUUAUUGUGCAAAUUUUUUAUACAUUUAACCAUUUUUACCCUAAGGAUACUUACAACACUAUAUUAACCAAUUCUUCUAUAGGCAUUAGCAAUAAGAUGAGUGCGAUCAUGAUCAACAAUGUGAUAUCUGAAAUACUUAUCGAUUAUUUAUUCAAGGAUAUUGUUGUGUGUCCAGAUAAAUAUGGCUUAUUUUUAAGUUUAAAUAUCAUUAAUAUAAUGGAGGAGCAACGAAAAUUUCUCAUAAUGUUAUUCCAUAUUAUCAAAGAGGCACUAACUUCGCCCACCAAAUCCGAAAAUAUCGACGCCCCCAAUACCUUCGAUAAAAUACCUAUCGCUUUGAUCGCAUUCCAGAUUCUAGAGAAUAUUUCUAAAAAUCCGGGCCAAGGUGUGUACGAUCCAAAUUUCGGUAGGCGUUCUGUUGAAGAUUUCGAGAAAUUUUUCUUUGGUCGCGAUGUCGUGAAUGAAUGCAAUCGUGCCACCAAUAAGCAUGAGCCAACGGAAUUCCUCGAAACCGAGGAAAUUUUGCUGAAUUUUAAGGAGCUUUACGAGUUUAUUUCAUUUUGCAAAUUCGCCACCGGCUACCUAGGGAACGAGGACGAAGACAUUAUCAAAGUAUUGCUAGAGCUUUUAGAUACCCUGCCGCCCAUGGAAUUGCCGCAAUUCUUUUUAAUCGAUACAAACGUUACAUCGAAUAAAGAACCCAUCGCUAGCCCGGCCGUGAGUAACGGGAGUGGUAGCCCUUUUACCAUAGGUGGCGUCAAUAUGGUCAACGUGGCCACCCUGGCGGAUCGGUUCAAGAAUCUCAACUCACCCCUCUCCCUCAAGAAAAGACGGGCCAGUCCAGCCCUAAAUCUCACGUCCCCUUUGCCCAUCGGCAGAUCCAAUCAUUCAAUCCUUUCUGACAUGUACACUAGCCUCAAAUCAUCGGCCCAACUUACCCCGAUCAAGAGUUUCGACUCAUCUUCCGACCCUAACAAGGUUGAUAGCAACGGCUACUCCUAUGCCACGACUGGAUCGAAAGAUGAACUAGAUAGCCGUACUAACGGAUCGGGUCUGCCCUUUUUGGACAUGUUGGUUUUGCCCUGGCCCAAAAUCAACAAAGAUUGUGACAGGAUGACGGAUAAGGGCAAGGUGUCGCUGUGCCGAGCCGAUGAUAUUUUGCUGGGAGAAAAAGAGUUUUACCAGCGCUUAGAGGAUUCUCAAUUCAGAGCGCUCUAUUUCCCGGAAAGCGAAACUCAUUCCGCGUCUCGAGCCUCCUCCUCUUCGAUCUCCAAGGACUUCAAUUUGGAAUCGCGCGUAGAUACGGCCACCGUCCAUACCAAACAACCUUAUUCUUUCGCCGCCCACUCCACCUCUUCUCUCUAUUCAAACAAUAUUGUCCUUAAGCAUACCCGAUUCUCGUUGGGGUCUUCGAUUUGCGAUAAUUUGAUCGACGAUUCCAUGUUUUCCAAGCUUUACAACAAAUUCAGCCCUGCCGACACGAACGGAACCACUUCGGUGAGCCACCGAGAUGUGGUUGCAGGAUUUAGACUUAACUCGCCUUCCAAUAUAUUCGCUCCGCCAACCGUCGUCGACCUCUUAACAGAUACUCGAGUUUCGGGUCCCGCUAUAGACCAAUCAUCAUCUGUCCUCCCUGUCGAUUCAUUGGUUUUGAUUAGCCCUGUCUUUUUUGGUCCAGGCGGGAAUCCCGAAGAUGCAGGUUUAACAAAUAUCGCCCGAGCCUCAACCUACAGCGAAGGCGCGGGUAGUUUGGUAGUGGAGACAGUUGACGACGUAUCUGAGAACGACGCGGAACUUCCGCCCGACGGAACUGAUUUACGCGGACAUGACGAGGUUAUCGAGGGAUCCGAUGACGACGGUGAUGACGUCAACGAUGAUGUAGAUGAUGACGUAGAACGCGAGCUCAUGAUGAUUCACGCGGCCGAGGAUAAUUCGGUAUUCGGGGGUGUAUCGACCGUCGGUACGCCUCCCCUCAUGAUAAGUGGACGCGAUACACCCCAAUCGCAGUCCCUGACAUCAUCAUCACCAUCGAACGACGUGGAAAAUGGGAAGAGGCCUGGUCCGCACGUUACCUCCGAAAUUUGCGAUGAUGCCAUGAUCAACGGUCGAGACCUUUCGAAUGUUGACAUGGGAGGUGGUGAUAGCGAUCCAAAAAUCAAGGGCAGCACAAGUAACGAAAGCCAAAAUCUCUCAAGCAAGUAUAGUAUCAUACGCAUUGAUGGCAAUUUUGAGCACAUGAAGGCCCGUCAUCGCAUGCUGCAACAGAACCAGCAAAACGACCGUCGAGACGCCUCCACUCUACGCCCCGCCCGCGUAUCUCUGUAUCCAUCUAACAAUGAUGGCGUCACUGUUCACAGUCGUGAAGUCAUUCGAAAUGGUGACAAUGUUAUUGCUAACGAUCGCAAUCACCAUGUUAAUAACAUGAUGCUGGUCAAUGGGGGCAGCAUAACCUCUCUAGGUAGCAGUUACAGCUCGGCCACAAAUCGUCACGAUUCCCUCAUUUACUCCGCCUCUCAGUUCAAUGGGCCGCCCUCAUCGAAAUCGCCUUACUUUGAAUGUGACGAAAACAUUUCCCUUGUGAGCGAGACCUGGAGUACCGACGUCCUAGCAUCUGAUUCGGAAACGGCUACCGCCUACCCCGUUACCCUUACCAACAACCAAAUUCUCUCGCACAGUCACCUCGCUGCAGGGAAGUCCUUGGGUUUUAUACCCCAUACUUCCCUUGCACCCCCUAUUACGUCCAAAUUCGUGACUGCCGUUAACUGCGGCAUAAGUGAGUCGAUGACGAAUAGUACCACUGGAAAUAACGUUCUAUCGGAUAUAGGGGAUGCGGGAAGCGAGAGCGCUUGGAGCACUGAAGCGCACGCGCCUAGUGAAAUAGGAGAUAGGAGAGAUAUCAAUGUAUUGGAUAAGCUGUUCCCAUUAUCAUCGUCCGGGAGUUAUUCGAUUCACGCCACCCCUUCCCCCUUUUUCGGUGAUGUCAUAGUGGAGGAACAAAGGGACGAAACUCCAGAACCAGUCUCUGGCCAGCAGGAUCAAAUCACCCCGAAAUGUUUAUCAGAACUCUCCACUAAUAAAUCCGAACUACGCAUGAAGCCUAGUAACUCGACCGCCUCUUUGGCCGCUAUCAUUGAAACCUUCGAUCCUUUGGCGCGAGGCGCGUCGACGAGUCAGGGUUCCACUAAAAUCGAAAAGCUUAAUUCCGAAACCAUGGUCCAAGGCACUCCCCCUCGCUUUCUUACGACAAGUAUUGUUUCCAAUGAAAAAGGAGACGGUAAUGCGAAUACCGCUAGGCCCAACAAUUUUAAACUUAACCGACUAAUUGGGAACGGGUUUAAAAUAGGGGCGGGAAGUAUUUUCAAAUCGCCUAGCUUCGAAUCUCCAAUGUCUAAAGUUCAAAACUUCUUGAAUAGCAAAAACUCGGGCUCAUCGUCAAACUCAGACACCCCCACUACCCAACCUUGCCUCCCCGACAAAGGGAAUCAUUUCGCCCAACCAGACUCGGUCAUUCCUGAUCUUAACUCUCAAGACCAGCGCGGAGAAUUCAACGAGGUCAUGAUAACGGAAAACGGAUGCGUAAAUAUUUCGAGAUGUGACAGCCCUAUUCAACUAGCUCGCACCAGCCUAAUGAAGGGCUUUCAAAACCUUAAAAAUCGGAUGAUGAUACCUGGCUCUCUGAUGAACGAUACCCCGAAAGUGAGUGUUCUGCAACAACAACCGCCAUCUUGCACUAAUUCUGAAUCUUCUAUUAUUUCUGCCCCACUACCCUUUUUAGAAACAUUUCACAUGGACGACCUUAGAAUGGGCCCGUCAAAACCCGUUACUAUAAUCUCCAGGAAUUGCUUGGAUUCGAUCAGCAGUUCUACCUAUGCCAUAGCUGGCCGCGAGACCAUGCAUUACGUCGUAGGUCACGAUUUUUUAACCUCGGCUUCUCGCCGCGUACCUUCCCCGAGCCCACCUCCUUCCACCUGUUCUGCAUUGGCGAAUUCAUCCGUCGCCGAUCCGCGCGAAGACGUCACCACAAACGACGAAGAAAAUAACGUAGUCACCCACAACGACCGCCGAAAUUUGAAUGCGCGAGAUAAUGGGGAUAAUUUGGAUUCACGCGUCCGCCAUAAUUUAAAUAUUAGCAACAAGGGGGAUAAUUUGAAUGACGAUAGUUGCAAUGUCAAACACGAUAGUUGCAAUGUCAAACACGAAAUCGACAAGAGAAGAAUCUUGGACGAUGACAUAAGCUUCCUCUGCGAUUACCUCAUCAAGAAAAUGUCAAUAUCCGGGUUACUAAACGAAUCUCGACAUUCAGGAAGUUUAGCUGUGCGACCCAAUUCUGUCCAAAAGGUGGGAUCCGAUCACCCCGACGACGAAAAUUCAACCAACUUAUUAAGUCUAAUACGACUCGUGCAACGUCAAGUCGACAGGUGUCACUUGAUGGGAGACUUCCACAAUGCGACAAUAUGGCGACACGUUUUGGAUAUAUUUGGGAAUAAUUACGGACAAAGGAAUAAUAGGAUGGAUCGCUUGAUUACUCAUCUAUCCACGAUAUUCUCUCUCAAACGGGCCUACAAAAAUUAUUUACGUCUAUUCGCCGAAAGAAAAAAUCUCGAAUACUCUAUUUUGGAAGACGAAAAUUUAGAUUUGAUUAGGAGAAGAAAUUUGUCCGAAAAUUUUAUGAUAUCUCAAGUGACUCAAAAAUUUAUCCGUCGACACGCCCAAUCGAUCGAAAUAUUUGCCCAGGAAUUCGCGAAAUUAGCCACACCCGAUGAAAAAUCCGAUUUCAUUAACGAUUUUCAACUCAAAUUGAGACGGCAACUCGUUCACUUCUUCCCGACCCUACGGUCCAGCCCGUCUAAGCAUCGCUACUCGCCUCCCAAAAACGGACGGAGCUUUUGCACAACUCAUUCUUACCCCUUAGUGACCUCUGACGAUUUUGGUUUAUCGCUGAUGUCUGGUUAUAGCGAAGACGUUUGCCGCCUAGCUAGGGAUUGUUACGGGCCAUUAUUAUACAACUCAGCUGGUUCUGACAACGAUUUUCAAUUUAGCCACUCGUCUCAAUUUAAUUUUCACCAUUGCCCAGUCUGCUCCUUCAGCCUCGAUAAACCUGCCCACCACCGUUCAUCAGCUCUAUCUAGUUAUAACGGAAACAACCAAAACGAGAUUUCUGGUGAUAGCUACGGAUGGGAAGGAAUUGUUUGGCCCCAUGUUCGCCGUCAUCUUUAUUCGCGCGUUUUUCGUUCCGCCAUGUUUCCAAAUGGGGAUGGAGACUUUACCCGCGAUCAACUUUUUGCGCGACAUAUUGCCAAGAUAACCGCAUUGGGUCUGGACCCACGCCAUAAGGAUCUCAAUAUACCCGAGCGAAACCUGGCUUUCUACCCAUGGACCGAGGCCCGGAAUGCACUUAAGGCACUCAAUCUGUGUUCUUGCCCCCGUGAAAAGCUUUUCCACGUAAUCCGCACCUGCUUAUUAGUAUCGGCCGCCCUCAGUCAUAGUGGAUUCGCUUCCCUCUCUGCCGGAGAUCACUCCGCUGCUCAAGCUGAUGACCUUGUCCCGGUUCUGGUGUACGUGGUUCUUGCUGUUAAUCCGCGGGCCCUGCUCUCCAACGUUCAAUACGUCGAGCAAUUUUAUUUUAAGCGUAGUCAUCACAGCCACCAUGGCACGUCAUCGGUGAAUUCCGAUGGAAGGAUGCACGAAUUUCCGACCGUCUCUACAGCAGACGAUUUCUCUUCGUGCACGGGUGAGAUUGGUUAUUUGUGGACCCAGUUCCGCUCUGUAGUUGAGUUUAUCAAAACCAUGGAAUACGCAGAUGAAUGAAUAAUUAAACACUUAUCCUUUGUCCAGGCUCGAUGCUCAGGCACGCACCGGAAAUGGUGUUCGUUUACUUAAUUAUGAAUAAUGAAUCGCUAUAUGUAAUGUAUAUUGUUAAAUAUUUAGAAAUUUAUUUUUUGACUAGAUUAUUUAACAUUUAACGCGAUAGUUUUCCAGCAUCUCUUGUUACAUUUUUUCGAUGUUUGGGCUGUCAUUGUUAGAAAUUUUUAGUGCUUAUAUUUGAUGACAUGAAUUUAUAUUUUUUUAAAAAAAUAAUUCAAUUUUUUAAUAAUUUUUUCAAUUAUAUUUUACUUCUUUAUUUAAUGAAAACACUGAUAUUUCCAAUUUUUUUCACCAAAUACUGAAUAUAUUAUUUGUACAUAUAAUUUUAAUUUCAUUAAUAAAUGGGUAAAUGAUUGAAA